ACGCAGUGUCCCAAAUGAGUGUUAAUCACUAAAGGUGGGGAAAAAUCAUUGGAGGAGAGGUGCAAAUCGACGCACACUUUUCAUUAAGGCGAUUUCAACGAGAUAGAGCAGUUUAGCCGAGACCCUGUUGCGACAGUACUUAAAAGAGAAUUUCACCAGCGGUACUCGCCAGAGGAAAUUAAGUGGUACGGUCAAUUUACUCGCACUAGGAGCGAUGUAUCACAAUUAUUAUCUUCUGCUUCAAGGAUUCCUUUUGCUUGCUUCCCUCGAGGAAUUGUCGUUUCUCAAUAAUGGUGCGCUGUAUCAAGUGAGCGCCUUCAAAACCAAACGCAGUUGCCAGGAUGACACGAUGAACCUACAUUGCCCGGCCCCUAAGGUGCUGAAGAUCUAUGGUGCAACUUACGAUCAAACGAAAAGUGACAAUUGCACAAGGAAAUCUGAAUAUUGUGCUCUUGAUGAUAAAAAAAAUUUGACAAGUGAGCGUUGCGAAGGAAAAACGGCGUGCAAUGUCACAGCAGAUACGAGUACAAUGGGAGACAAUUGUCCCGGCAUGUUGACCCUUAAGUAUCUGAAAGUCAUGUAUAGGUGUGGACCGCCAUGUACGGUUCCAUGUAAGGACAUCAAAAUUAAAUACAUCUGCCAGGGUGACUCGAUGUAUUUAAGUUGCACGGCCUCAAAGGUGCUUAAUAUCAUAAAGGCAAGAUACGGGCGAGAGAAAAAAGAUAAAAAAAAAAUUUGCGUAGGGAGAAGGAUGGAUUAUGUCAACACUGCUGAAUAUUGCGCCCCAGAUGAUAGGGAAGAUUUUGUAAAAGGGCGUUGUGAAGGACGCACAAAGUGUAAUUUCACAGUAGAUACGAGUACCAUGGGAGACAAGUGUCCGGGCAUGUCGGUCCAUAAGGAUCUGAAUGUCGUGUAUGGCUGCGUAGAGAAAGUAUCACUUACACCACCUACGACCGUACCCCCUACUGCGUUCGCCGAAAACAAGUCUACAACGGUAUUGACAAAACCUUCCUCACCCUUUAACUACGCAACUCAGUCCACGACGACUGAGAUGAGCCCGAAGUAUCCUGACGACAAUGAUGAAGAAGACGACUCCGCUGGUUAUGGCUUUGUCAUAUAUAAUACUGGAUACGGCAAUCAGAUCUCUCAUGUAAUGACAGCCUUGCUGUUUGUUGUAAAUUUUCAUUUUCAACCUCUGUAAUUAUCAAGUCGCCAAGCAACCGCUAAAUUCUACACUUGGAACUCUAAGCAAACGACAAUUAAACACGAACAAGCCUGACGACCAACAAAUGGGGAUAUUAAGUCAACCAAACAUUUGGCGCCCCUUUAUUGUCUGUUUGGUGACUACGUUAAAAACAAUUCUUCGUGUAUUACUUAUUUCUAAUAUAUAAUUAAUCAAUCCAAGAUAAUUCUGAUCUUAAGAAAAGGUUGAAUAUUACCUUCUGACAGACAUCAUUUCUUGAGCCGUGGUCGUAAUCGCUUAAACUCCAGAGCCCAGUUGUUGAGAGGGUAGAUAACGCAAUCCAACGGAUAAAUUACAAUCCAGUGGAUACUGACCCAACAAACAUACUGCGCUAUCUAUUGGAUAGAGAUUCAUCCAGUGGAUAGCGUUAUCCAUCUCUGAACAAAAGGUUACAGAUUUUUAAAACAAUAGGAAUUUUCAAGAGAAAAAGUGUCAUGCAGUUUUAAGUGAUUUUAUUGUCCUUUAAAAUUCAAUUGCACUCCUGGGUCUUUCAAAGGUCUUUUGGUUUACAUGUCGAUAGGAGUAGUAAGGCGUGGCUCAGCAUUUUUAGCCACAUGUCAGUUAACGAAAAUAUUGCUAUAUUGCAGGAUGGUCAAAAGAAAAAAAUCAGCCUUCAUCCAUCCUUUGAAAUCAACUGAUAAAUUAAUGAAUAAUUACUCCAGAAAGAAAUAGAAAUAAAAAUAUUGAUUAUGUCGGUCGCAAGUUGGAAACGGAAUAAAUUCAGAUGCUGACGUUUAAAUGAUUCGUUCGGAAAGAAACGACAAGACAACGCUCUUUUCGCAUGAGUCAAUUGAAUAAAAUUAUAAUAUUUGUUUUUAUUUUACAUUAUGGUUGACUGAUUAAAAAGGUUUUUAUUAGUAUCUAGAUAGUUUUGUUACUUUGUGAAUUAGGGAGUUGAAUGAAACAGAGGUUUUCUUGUUAGCUCCCCCGUACAUUUUAAGUUUCAGGCGGCAGAAAGUGAGAGAAGAAAAGAAGGGAAAAGUAAAUAAAACAGCAACAUCAACAACAAUAAAGAAGAAUUAAAAGAUAAAAUAAAAGAAACAGUUAGGAGAAAAGUCAGUUGAACUGUAAUAAUUUUAAAGGAAGCGGCUUAAUUUCCUCUUGUUCUGACAGCAGAUAAUGUUUCACUUGCCUUGGAAAUUAAAUUACACUUGCGUUUUUGAAGAGGGUGGAAGGUCAUUCCAAAUACCGAUUGCCAUGAAAGAAAUGUAUUGUUUACCCACAUUAGUUCGCACUUCAGGCUGGUAAAGAUUCUGUCUGGCUGCCUAGCUUGUGCGGCAGCCAUGAAUAUUACUAGCAUGUCGGAACA